UUAUAUAAAUGAAAAUUAAUAUUCUUCCCAUCCUAUUCAUAUCCUUAUGGCUAGGAUUUGCUACUGCAAAGUACUCAAACAUUGAGUUGGUUAAAGAUCUUGCUAUUGGCUCCUUCAGAGUAGUUUCCGGGCUUAUAGAAGAUCUUUAUUACAAAACUCCUGAGCUUACAGAUGAUGCUUACAAAUCUCCUGCAGAGUUUUAUCAAAGUUAUGGAUACAGAUUUGAACAACAUAAAAUUGUAACUGAAGAUGGAUAUAUUCUUAGUGCAUGGAGAGUACCUGGGAAAUUAACAGAGUCAUUCAAAGAUAUCUCUGGGAAACCUGCAGUCAUGCUUCAGCAUGGACUUCUUGAUAAUAGUGGUACUUUUACUGUAGGCUUUUCCAACCAAAGUCUUCCAAUACUUUUAUGUAAUGAAGGCUACGACGUUUGGAUUACUAAUACAAGAGGAAAUUUUAAUUCUUUUGAGCAUACAAAUCCAAAGGAGUAUUCUGUGUUUGAUAUGCACAGCAAAUAUUGGAAUUUCACCUUUGAUAGCAUGGGCUAUUAUGAUCUUCCUUCUAACAUUGACUAUAUCCUUGACUAUACAGAAAACAAAAAGCUUACCUACAUUGGCCAUUCACAAGGAACAAUCCAAUUCUUUGCUGGAAACUCUAUUAAGAACAUUGCUUCUAAGGUAGACGCUUUCGUUGGCUUAGGGCCUGUUAUGUACGUUGAGAAUCAGAGAUCUCCCAUCAUAACUCUCCUUAAAGUAUCAGGAGUUAGUACUCUUUUAAAAUGGCUAGAUUUCAAUAACCUCUUGAUAUGGCCAACAAUUGUCAAUGUUAGUUUGAAAUCUAUUGUGAGGCCUCUCAGAAAAACUGUUUUUAGAUUUAUUCAAAUGAUUGUUGGUUUAAAGAAAGAGGUAUCGGUAGACCUCAGCAGAAUGCCUGUAAUGGGAAGACAUGAGCCUGGAGGCACAAACCUACAGAAUAUGAUGCAUUGGCUUCAGAUGGUUGUCACAGGUAAUUUUGCCAGAUACGAUUAUGGUAAAGAAGAAAAUCUUAGAGUUUAUGGUCAAGAAGAUUCUCCUCUUUAUGAUAUCGAAGUUUUAAAGGAGAAUAUUAAGGAUCUCGAUAUGUUCUUGGUCAGAGGUAGCAUUGAUGUAUUUGUAGCACAAGAAGAUUUUGAUAAGCUCCUCGAUGUUCUCGCCUUUAAAUUAGGUACAACUUUGAGCUACAAGGUGGUUAAAGAUUACGACCACCUUGAUUACAUUUGGGCUGACAGCUCUUAUGAAGAGGUUGCAUUACCAGUUUUGGAGUUCUUAAGAAACAAAAGAGCUAAUCAAUAAUUUCAACUGCAUCA